AUGGCGUUCAACCCUUUGUCCGCGUUCGCACGUCAACUUACACCACUACGAUCGCGCUGCCCAUCUUGCUCCGGCGCCUUGCUUCGAGCCAGCACCUCUUCCUCCUCCUCGGCCGUCCUCCUCCGCCCACACUGGUCCGUCUCCACCUACGCCACCUCGAACGCCCCCAAGCGACCACUCCAAAAAUCGACCCAAAUCAAGACGAGGACAUACCUCUCCGCCAAAUCAUCCUCGUUGACCCCGAAACCAAUGCGCUCCUCCCCCCCGCCCCACUGCGUACGAUCCUCUCCCAACUCGAUCGCACAAGAUACAGCAUCCUCCUCGUCGCUACAGAUAAAGGGAUUUGCAAGAUCUUGGACAAGAAGAAGGAAUACGACAAGAAGAAGGACAAGGCCCAAGCGAUCAAGGAUAAGAAUGAACAAGCUCGGAACAACGCUUCACCGUCGUCUUCGGGCGGCGGUGGAGCCUCCGUUGCGACGGGGAGUCCACCCAAGGAAAUUCAAAUGACCUGGGGUGUCUCGACGCAUGAUUUGGAGCACAAGUUGAAAAAGGGCCGACAGUUCUUGGAGAAGGGGCAUAGGGUUACGGUCAUCAUCCAAGAACAAGGCGGGUGCGCCGCACGUCCCAAAGGAGGCUCAGGAUACGGUCAUUAG